GCCACCUUAGAGACACGAGCCAUGGACAUCAUGGAGCGCAUUCUAGCCGUUGCGAAAAUCAUCUAUGGUCAAUAUCAGCAGAUGAAGUACUGCAAGAAGCAGAAAGAGCGCCUUGUCAAGCGCAUGGAGACCCUCCUGAGACCUAUUGAGCUCCUCCAGGCUCAGUCCAUCAGCAAACUGUCCUCCAGUCUGAAAUGGAUGCUGCAGAACAUGUUGGACCUUUUGCUUGAAGCCCAGGAGCUUUUUGAGAAGCACAAUAGCCAUAACAUGCUGGAGAGGUUUAUGAAGGCUGGUGAGAUGCUGGAAGAGUUUGCAGAUCUGAACGAGCGCUUUGGUGACAUGGGUCAAGGACUUUUGCUGCAGCUGCAGGUGGAGCAGAAGGUGCUAGUAAGCUUUGAGAAGUGUGUGGUGAGCAAGGAAUGCUGCCAAGAUCUAGCGGAAGACAAAGUUUGUUGGAAGGAGAUGGCCAAAGGGCAGCAGGAAGGAGCUCAUACAGAAAUCACAGAGAUAAACAAGCACUUUUUAACAAAGAUGACCUUUCUGUUGGAGAUGAAAGAUCACAUCCUGUACAAAGGAGAAUAUUACAGAAGUCCGGUGGCCGUCAAAGUCUUCAAAAACCCCGUGACCAUCAACACAAAGAAGGUGAGGCAGAUCUUUGAGGAGGAGAUCAGGACGCUGAAGAGGCUGGAGUCCUCCUACAUCGUGCGCUUGUACGGGAUCUGCAUUGACGAAAGCGGGCUGGUCCCCCAGUUCUCCAUCGUCACCGAGUUCUGUGAAAAAGGCACCCUGAGGGAAGUGUUGAGAAAGGAACAAGACCUGCCCUGGAAGGUUCGCAGCGACAUGGCUUCGGAUGCGGCCGCUGGGCUGUACAGGUUGCACCAGACAGGAGACAAAUGCCAACUGCAUCAUUGCAUCAACAGUUCCAAAUUCUUGGUUGCCAAGGGCUACUGCGUAAAGUUGUCAGGAUUUAAACUGGACCAAACAGAAUCGUCCAUCAGUCGAAAAAGCAAGGACAAAGUCUCCAGGGAGGUCUCUUCUUUAGCCUACAUCUGCCCAGAGGGCCUGGCCUCUUUACAUCAUCCAUACAACUUGGCUAGCGAAAUAUACAGCUUCGGGAUCGUGCUGUGGGAGAUCGCAACUGGGAAGCUGCCCUUUACAGGUUGCAACUCUCAAGAAAUCUAUAAGAAGGUUUAUAAGAAAAAGGUACAGGAGCCUUUAGGAGAAGAUUGUCCACCCUAUUUACAGAAAAUCAUCAACCAGUGUCGGAGUUAUGACCCUUCCAAGCGCCCAACUACUGAAGUUAUUGUGAACCAGCUCCUCAUCGACCAGGAUGACAGCAGUAACAAUGAUUUCAUGAAUGGAAGUCAGUGAUCGUGGAAGACGUCUUCUAUCACCUGAACCUUCUCUUUUUUCCCCCACGUUUCAAUAUUCUUUGGCUCAGUCUGAUCUUUGAACCACUAGCCAGCUUGGCCAAUAACCCAAACCUUCUAUUGGCUCUGCAAAAUGUGGUGGGUUCGGGGUAGCAAAUAAGGAGACCCUCUCCCCCAGAUGUUGAAUGGCAAUGUCAGACCUGCCUCAACCUGGACUUCUAAGUAAAACCGCUCCUUAAGUCCUUUGGUUGAGAAAGGUGUAGCUUACUAGAAGUCAAGUGAAUUGCACUUGUGUAAAGCCAGAACGGAGAGUUCACGCCGACUUUUGUUAGCUAAUUUUCCUCCCUUGUCCCCUUCCCAUUGUGUGUAAGUCGAGGACUCCCUGUAUCACAUUGCUCCCUCUUUGUGGAUCCUCCCCAGAAAUUACUAGCCCAGCUCAGCACCAAAUGUCCUGAUUGCUGAUUUUUCUAGCUCAGAUUGCUUCUGUCAGACCAAUCAGAUUCUCCUUCAAUGAUUACAGCCAAAAAUUGUCCCAUAUUUUAUACCAUUUGCCAUAAUUUGACUUCAAACACCUCCCAAGUAUUUUGUGUUUGGAAACAUUUCAAAUGCAGCUGUCCAUUUUGUUUCUACUUUAAUGGUUUAUAUCUUUACUGUCAACUGAAUCUUAUUUUUGUCUUAAUGUCACUGGCUGCCAGAAUCUUUCACAAUAUAGUCGUUAUAAAGAUAGUCCUCGA